AUGGCUUGUUCUUUGUCCACCAAGAGUUUCACAUCUUUAAAACCUAUGACCAUUUUGGGUGAUAAUUCUCAGUCGCUUCGAUCCCAGUUUGCUUCUUUCCCCCAAAACAAACCAAUUUUCUUGAAAUCCAGUUUUUCGUCUACAAGAGUGCCCAGAAAAUUUAGCGUAAAAUCAGUGGCUGCUCCAACAGAAUCAGUUGCUGGCUUUGAUGAAAUGGUGUCUGGAACUCAACGUAAAUAUUACAUGCUCGGAGGAAAAGGAGGUGUCGGGAAAACUAGCUGUGCUGCUUCACUUGCUGUCAAGUUUGCAAACAAUGGUCAUCCUACCCUUGUGGUUUCAACUGAUCCUGCACAUUCCUUGAGUGAUUCUUUUGCACAGGAUUUGACUGGGGGGACGCUAAUGCCUGUGGAGGGUCCUUUUUCUCCACUUUUUGCCCUUGAGAUAAAUCCUGAAAAGGCAAGAGAAGAAUUUCGGAGUGCCAGCCAGAAAAACGGUGGAACUGGAGUCAAGGACUUCAUGGAUGGCAUGGGUUUGGGUUUGAUUGCAGACCAGCUUGGAGAAUUAAAGCUUGGUGAGUUGCUGGAUACACCUCCUCCAGGUCUUGAUGAAGCCAUUGCAAUAUCAAAGGUUAUUCAAUUCCUUGAAUCACAAGAGUACAACAUGUUCACUCGGAUAGUGUUUGACACGGCCCCCACGGGCCACACAUUACGACUUUUGUCAUUGCCAGACUUUUUGGAUGCAUCCAUUGGGAAGAUACUGAAGUUAAAGCAGAAGAUAUCUUCAGCUACUUCAGCCAUAAAAUCUGUCUUUGGCCAGGAAGAAAACAGACAAGAUGCUGCUGACAAAUUGGAGAUACUACGGCAAAGAAUGAUAAAAGUCAGAGAGCUUUUUCGUGAUGCAAACUCUACAGAGUUUGUAAUCGUAACAAUUCCUACGGUGAUGGCAAUCAGUGAAUCAUCAAGAUUGUGUUCUUCCUUAAGGAAAGAAAGUGUUCCUGUGAAGAGACUAGUUGUUAACCAAAUCCUUCCCCCAUCUGCCUCUGACUGCAAGUUCUGCGCAAUGAAGAGGAAGGAUCAAACGCGAGCUCUCAGCAUGAUCCAAGAUGAUCCAGAGCUUUCAGGUUUGACAAUGAUACAGGCACCUCUUGUUGAUGUGGAAAUCAGGGGUGUUCCAGCUCUGCAGUUUUUAGGGGACAUUGUUUGGAAAUGA